GCUGUGAUGGCAACUGGGCUGCGGUAUCCGGGGAAGGUGGUCAUAGUAACGGGGGGCACCCGGGGCAUCGGUGAAGCGAUCGUCACAGAAUUUGUCCACCAAGGAGCCAAAGUGGUUUUCUGUGCCCCAGAAUGUGAAGAAGAACAGGGGAAGGCGAUUGUGCAGAAACUGGAGUACUGUGGGGCCCCUGGGGAAGCUUACUUUCAGAUCUGUGAUGUUCGCUGUGAAAGAGCUAUUCAGAAUCUGGUUGCUGUGACCAUUGAACUUUAUGGAUGCCUUGACUGCCUGGUGAAUAAUGUUGGAGUCCUACCGGGAGAGGUCUCCUGUCUGGCUGUCACAGUAGUCAGCGCCGUGACCGGCGGGAAAAGCUCCUGUCUGGCUGCCACGUGUCGAGAAGGUGCCUCGAUCACCGUGUCCACCGAGAUCACCGGGGACGCGGGCUGUUCCGAAGGCUGCUCCGGUUUUGGAGCCUUGGAAGCUACCGACGCUGAGGCCUUCGAAGCUGUCGACAUAGCUGCUCUCGGCCUCUUCUGCGCGGCCUUCCUCGGCUGUCGGGGUUCGGCCUCUGUCGAGGGACCGACAGAUGUUGUUGUCGGAGCUCUCGACGUCGAGGUUGCUGUAGAAGGCCUAGACACCGUGGCCGACGUCGACGCCGAUGCCGAUGAUGCAGGUACCGGGGCCAACGCCUGUUGGUACAGCAGGUACCGAAGUCGAUGCGCCCGGUUCUUACGGGACUGCGCCGUCAGUGCCUGA